UAGCAUGUAGCAGAAGUUAAUGUGGUCGGUGAACAACAACUGGACACAGUGAAUCUUUGCCUGUUUCCGCCCCCAAACAAAACACAACUCUUACGUUCUCUCUUAUUAUUGCUUCCCACCCCAUCUCAUCUCUUACCAUCUCCAGGUGAUGGUGAGACAUUUAUAAGGCCAACGAUUAAUUUCCGUGUCAAUUUCGCUUUUCUGGAUCAAAUCUGUGAUUUUGUUGAAGGGUCUUCUGAAAACUAGUAGACCCUUCUGGUUGGAUUGGUGCUAGUAGUUUUCUUGGCUUAAGGCUUGCUGUGUAUAAACCACCAUGCCAGUUGUACAGAAGCUCUACAAUGUUUGUAAAACGUCUCUUUCGACUAAUGGACCGGUUUCUGAAGACGCCAUCCAAAAAGUUCGCACUAUGCUAGAUAAAAUUAAGCCUUCUGAUGUUGGUCUCGAGCAGGAGGCACAAUUAGUUCGUGGUUUGACAGGACCUGUAAAUCAACCGAGGGGAUUGGAAUGCUCACCACCACCAAUCCGAUAUAUUCAUAUAUAUGAGUGUGACAGCUUUAGUCUGGGAAUAUUUUGCAUGCCACCUUCCUCUGUCAUCCCACUUCAUGAUCAUCCUGGAAUGACUGUGCUAAGCAAGCUACUAUAUGGUUCAUUACAUGUUAAAUCAUAUGAUUGGAUUGAAAUUCCUGGGCUUUCUGAUCCAUCGCAAGAGAAACCUGCGAAGCUUGUUAAAGAUUGUCAAAUGACUGCACCUUGUGGAACUACAGUUCUGUAUCCAACUGCUGGUGGCAACUUACAUUGCUUUAAAGCCUUAACUCCUUGUGCUAUCUUUGACAUCCAGUCUCCUCCUUACUCAUCCGAUGAUGGUCGGGAUUGCACUUAUUAUUGCAGAUCCCCAAGAGGGGAUCUACCAGGUAAUCUUGAAGUGGAUGGGUUGUCGGUCGUUGAGGUGACUUGGUUGGAAGAGUUUCAACCUCCCGAUGACUUUGUGGUUAACAAAGUGCAGUACAAGGGCCGUGCUAUUAAGCCGUAAUGAUUUAUAUUCAAACAAACAUGCAUCGCAUUUGAAAGAAGUGCAGCCUUGAUUGAGGGCAGUAUUGCUAGUGGUACCGGGGUUUAAAAGUUUAGAGAAAUAUUAGUUUUGCCGGAGAUGUAGCUUAGACAUAUAUAUGAGUUGUACAUAUUAUAAUAUUUGGACUAUGUUCUCCAAUUUCAGAUCAGGGACACUGCUGAAGCAAGUGGAACACUAAAUGUCUAAAUGAUGUUUGUAAUGUGAUGUCUGGAUAUUCUUGUGACUGUAAUUUGAUUCUUUCGGCAUUUCAGCGGC